UGAUCUGAUAAAAAACGUAAAAAACUAAUAAAUCUGACAGAAAUAAUUAAAAAUAUUGUCUUUAAUGGAUUCAGAAAGAAAUUAUACACAAUGUUCUUGUUCCGAGGAGAAAUUGUCAGAGAGAAAGAAAGAGAGGAAUUUUCCUCAAAUAAUUUGUAAGAUUAUUGAUGAAUUUAAUUAUGAAGAUUGAUUGUGCGAAUAUUAAUUAUGAAGCUGAUUAAUUUUGAUCUAAAUGUGCUCCGUAGCAACGAUGCCAACGGAGCUGAUUUUGGGACAUAGUCCCCCUGUAUACAGUCCACUGUUAUACAGUUCCCUGAUGGUUACGACGUCUAACAGAUCCGUCCCACCUCGAAUACGUCCAUGUCUUUCUGUGGGAUCACUCAACUUGGACGGUUUAUUAAAAAACACCGACGAUGUUAUUAAUAAACGAAAAAAGCGAGUGGUGUUUGCCGACGAUCGCGGACGGCCUCUCACUGAGGUACGAGUUAUGAAGGAACCAAGUAACGUACCACCCCUUUGGACAAAUACAUUUGUCGAGAAAGUCCUUCAAUGUAAAUUGCAAUUCAGCAAAAAAGUAUUGUCAACGAAUGAUCAAUAUCCAUGGGAAUUGUGUUUUUCACAACCGGCAAGCGAUUAUUUAAUGUAUCGAAGGAAAUUGGAUCAAGAUGCAGUCAGUCUUGAGAAUGUAAUUAUCCGUGAGGCUGAUCAGUGUCUCAUGGGCACAGUGAAGGUCAAAAAUCUCUCGUACGACAAGGAAGUGGUCAUCAGAGUCAGUACCGAUUCAUGGACCACUCACGAAGACGUUCAAUGCAAUUACGUUGAUCAGCCAGCACAUCAGCAAAUGUUAACCAAUCUCUACGACACCUUUCGCUUCAGUCUGACCUUACCUGCCAAAUCAAAUGUCAUUGAAUUUUGUGUUCGCUAUCGCGCAAAUGGCUCUGAAUUUUGGGACAAUAAUGCCACCAAAAAUUACAUUGUCAAGAAAAAACAGGUUGUGCUACAAAAUCGUGAUGAAUUGAAUAAAAGCGAUGAAACGCUGAUGAAGGCAAUACACAAUCAUACAAAUGUGAUCGAGGAUGCAUUGAGGGUGAAUAUUCCCACGUGGAGUGAAUUUGCAUCGUGGCAACAUCUCUCAAAUGAUGCACCAUAUUGGUGACAUUAUUUUCCAAUAAUUAAAAAGUGCACACUAUUAUUCAAGAUCUUUGACGUUUAUCUACCAUCAGCGUGCAAUUUUUUUUUUUUUUAAUUUGGAGAUUGAAAAUCAACUACAAUGCCGAAAUUCUAAUUUACGACCAUAAAGAAAAAAGACUCAAGAAAAUAGGAUUCGAUUCAAGAAAAUAGAAACAAACGAAAAUAUAUACAAACUGAGAGAAAUUUGGAAAUUUUUUUAUAUAAACGGAAAUUUCGAUUUUCCAAUUUGAAUAAAAAAGAAAUUUGAAUACCUGUGAUAGGGAAAAAUGAUGUAGAUCGGCAAUUAAGGAAAUAAACGGGGAAGAGAUGAAAUUCUUUAUGAUACGAAUGAGGAGAAAAUUCUUGAGAAAGUAUCAGAAGGAGUUCUAUUGGAUUAAUGUGAUACUUCGAAAAUUGAGACUUCCAAUAAAUUUUUUUGGAGAACUGAAACUAAAAGUGAUCGCAUUCAAUCCAAUAGUGAAAAUUUCUUCCCAAUGGAUCAUCAUCAUUUUUUUUACUAGAUUUAAAAUCGUUAUUCGUAAAAAUAUAUUACAAAUUUUAAAAUGAAUUUUUUCAGUUUGAAAACUUUUUUGAAUGUUAAAUUUUAAUAAAUUUUAUCACUGUUAAAAAAUGAAAGUGCCUUUAAAAGAAAAAUGAACAAAUGAAUGUUCUUUUGAUUCAAUAGUAAAAAAAUGUGAAAAGUUUAUAAAGGAAAAAAAAUCUCCAAGUAUGUGAAAGAUGUGAGAAAAGACAAAUUAUUUGAGUGUAUGCGUGAGAAAGAUAGACGAAAUUGUAAGACUGGUGAAUUUGUGUACAUAUUUUUUAUAAAAAUAUAGUUGUCAGGGAGGGAAGGUGAAUUCAGAGCGGAACUUCUGGUAACACUUUAACAACAGAGUUUUAAGACUGAUAAUUUAAUUAUUUUAAUUAUUUCAUUUUCUGAAAUCUCGCCAUAAAAGAAAUGAUGCUCGUCAAAGAAUAUUAUUAUUAUUAUUAUUAUUAUUAUUAUUAUUAUUAUUAUUAUUAUUAUUAUUAUUAUUAUUAUUAUUAUUAUAUCACUUUUAAAAUAUUUAUUAAUUUUUUUUGGGGAGAAAAAGUACCUGCGUUUUCUUCUUCCUUCCUUUUUUCUCUACUACUGUUAAAAUUUAUAGUUAAGAAAGAAAAAUGUUUUAUAAUCAACGAACUAUCAUAUCUCCAUUAUUUUACUAUUUUAUUGUAAAUAUUUUCUUUUAUAGAUAUAGUUCAAUUUCUAUUGUACAUAAUUAUUAUUAAACACUCGGUAUUUUUAGAGACUUUUAGAAGAAUAUUAUUUUUAAGAAUUUGUGUAUAUUUUCACUUAUUGAGUUCUAUAAUGAACUUGUUCUGAAGAAAAUAUCUGAUAAUUGUAAAUUAUUUCUAUGAAAAAAUUUAUGCACGUAUACAAUUUACUAUUAGUUAUAAGUUUUAUAUUGUACAAAGUUUUUGCGAAUGUGCUCGUUAAAUAGAUGUUAUUAUUUUAAAUAUUGUAAUACUUUUAAUAAAAUGGGACAAUGAGGCAGAUUUUACAAAUCUGCUUUAAAAUCUUAAUGUUAAA